CACUCAGUUUUCGAGGAAUUUAUUGUAUUCUUUAUCACCUAGUACAAUACUAAUAUUUUUUGUCCUUUUGUUUUUGUAGAUAAGAUUUCAACAGAAAUACUGUCCAUUUUGUUCAUUUCACUUAUUAUUUUUUGUAAGGUCUAUUUUGUAAACAGUUUAAAUAUAGGUCACUUAGAGUAGAGAAAGUCAAACAAAAGAAGCUGAGGCAGAAGAACCAAUUUCAAGGUUUUCGAGAAUGGGUUUGUCGCUGAGAAUGUGGGUUGUGAGUAUACUUAUGCUUGCACAGCUUGUUCAUGGAGCUCUUUCUUGGGGAGACGAUGGUCAUUACGCUGUUUGCAAAAUAGCUCAGGGCUAUCUUGAGGAAGAAACUGUAGUUGCUGUGAAGAAACUUCUGCCUGAAUCUGCAAAUGGUGAAUUAGCAGCUGUUUGCUCAUGGCCUGAUGAAAUCAAAAAGCUCCCGCAAUGGCGAUGGACUGGCGCUUUGCAUUUUGCUGAUACACCUGAUUACAAAUGCAACUACGAGUAUUCUAGGGACUGCCCUAAAGACUGGUGUGUGACAGGAGCAAUCUUCAAUUACACAAACCAACUUUUGUCUGCUUCUGAAAACUCACAUAGUAUAGUCCAUUAUAACUUGACAGAGGCUCUCAUGUUCUUAUCACAUUAUAUGGGAGAUAUCCAUCAGCCCUUGCAUGAAGGUUUUCUUGGAGAUCUAGGUGGUAACAGAGUAAAAGUCAACUGGUACAAUCAAGAAACUAAUUUGCACCGCGUUUGGGAUGACAUGAUAAUUGACUCUGCUCUAGCAAAAUACUACAAUUCAAGCCUUCUACUCAUGAUUCAGUCCCUUCAAGCCAAACUCAAGUACGGCUGGUCAAAUGAUGUUCGGUCGUGGGGGUCAUGUCAACUUAACCAAAUCGCCUGUCCAAAUCCAUAUGCAUCUGAAAGCAUUGAUCUUGCCUGCAAAUAUGCUUACAAGGACGCUGCCGCAGGAACUACUUUAGGAGAUGAUUAUUUCCACUCUCGGUUACCUAUUGUAGAGAAGAGAAUUGCACAAGGCGGGAUUCGCUUGGCAGCCACUCUUAACCGAAUCUUUUCUGGUAAACCAAAGCUCGCUAGAGCAUGAAGCUAAGACGAAGAGGGCCUUAUUGUUUUUUGAUAAGCAGGCACUCCUCCUAGCUUCUAGACUCAUGUUAUGUUAUGCGUUGCUUUUGUUCUGAGUUUUCACUAUAAUGUAAUGGUAGUGAAGGUUUUAUACCUAAACUCUCAUGUAAUGUGUAGUUAAGGUUAUGUUAUACGUUGCUAUCA